AUGACCUUGGAACGCGACAACGCGUUCACUUUUCCCACCGAUCUAAAUCCAAUUGAUGAGGAAUUCUACAACAGUGGGUGCCUGAACUUUGAAUUUCCAUUCCACGUCGCAGAACCCCUAUAG